GAGUGCCAAUUCCCCAGCGGUGAUGUCUCCUGGACUGCUGUCUCCUGGACCCGACUCUGUGCCUCGCUCCCAGCCCUACCCCACCAUCCCCCUGCAGCCUGGUUCCUGAGUUGCCAUUUCGGGGGCUGGGCGCCCUGCCAGUCAAAAACAAUGGCCAAUGGGACUCAAGCUGCCAACUGCAACACCAGCACAGACUGCUCCCCACCCCAGGACCACCAAAUUGCUCCCCGCCCCCUGCUUGGGAACCACCCUCACCACCCGCAACCCCUCCCCCCAAUCCAAGGAACAUCAAUGGCCCUUUUAUCCCCACUUGGCAGGUCUGUUGGAAAGGAGAGGCCCAGAGGGAGGAGGAGGGGACCCUAGGCUAGGAGACCUGGGUAGGCUAAAACUCAGCCUUCAACAAACAAGCCCAAUCUAAAGAGCUCCCGUGUCCCACAAAGGUCCCCCAAGUUUUCGUGUUCUUUUUUACUCUGUUUUCAUAAAUAUUGCCCUGGAAACUGGCACACAAGUCAGGCACUCUAGCUUCCUGCCUGGCCCUUCAUAUCUGGAAGUAGGUUUAAAAUUCUCCUGGUCAAAAAGCCCGGUGGAAUUAAGAUCAUAGCCACUGAAGCCUAGGAUAGAGAGGUCUCAGUUGCCCUAAUGGGACGCUAGGAGAAAGAGAACUUUCCCCUGCAGGCUUCUCUCAAGUCUAAAGUAGUCUUACUUGGAGUGGGGGAGGGAGAGAGGGAGGUUACAGCAUCUAAAUUAGUCUCUAGGUCAGGAUGACUCAGGGGGAACCUGAUAAGGGGCCUACACAGGGGUUUGGGGAGGGCAGGGAGAUGGGAAAUUUCCACUGAGCUCUGCUCUGUUUACUUCCUAGACCUGAGGGUCUCUCAGCUGCUGUAAGUAAGGCAGCAUCUGCUUUACAGGCUCUUUUCCAACAGGCAAGCCCGUCCAGGCCUGAGUGCAAGUGUCCCAACAGGGACAGUAACCUCCUUCAUCUGGGCCAGAAGCAGUUUCAAACUAUGCCUUUAACUAAGCAACAGCUUCACGUACCUGCUGUGCCCAAGCCAGUGGGUAGAUGACAUUCAAAGAAGCGUGAAGUUUGGCCACAGUUUCUCUAAAAGUUUUAGAUUUAGUAGUUGAGAAAGGAUAUAAAUAGAAAGCAUUAGAGAAAAUAAUCUAUAAGAUCAUUGUAUAGAAUAAGUCUUGUAUUUUCCCCCACUUUUUUCCAGUGAGAAAGAAAAGCUUUCCAUUUCUGUAGAAUGGUUUCAGUUUCUCUUAAUAGAGAAGAUAUGAACUGGAAAUUCAGCAAUGCUUCCAAUAAUUUUGUAUACUGUUCUGAUAAUCACAUCUGUAUAUGUAGCGAUACUUGUACUUGCAAGGCAUAAUAUUUACUAUUCACAAUCUCCUGUGUGCUUAAAGAUUUAAGGGUGCCUGGAAAGAAUCAGAAAAUCUCACCCCAGGCAGCUGGAGCCCACAGGCUAAGAGCCGUUGUGUUACUAUAAUUCAGAGGAGGAAAGGGGUGUGUUUCUAGGGUGAGCCACUCAGAUAGGAAGUCCAACUACAGAAGGGCAUUCUAUUCAGCAGAGAGCAGGAGGGAAGUAUAGGCAGGAAUGUGCAAGCUCCUUUGAAGACUUUAAGACUUGGUAUUAUGUGCAAGGGAAUGUGUUAUCCCCAAAUACCAAAGGGUAUUAUUGUCCUUAACAGUUACAGAUGUGGAAACUGCAACUCAGAAAUGUUUACAGACUUGCCCAUGGCCACCCAGUUAAUAAACAGACACCUAGGUUCAAAUCCCCACUAGAUUCAUGCACCACCAGGGACUAAUCUCUUUCCUCUACUGGGUAGCCUUGAGUGUAUAACUAUUAGGCCAUUAGGGCCCCAACUAGGAACAGUGUUGAUGUAGGUAAUGUUGGGUAAGAUAGAUUUUGGGCAAGUUGUAUAGGCCUUUCAAUGCUAAACAAAAAGCUUUGACAGUGAAGAGCCGCAGACUAUUCUUGAGUUGUAGCACAUUUGUUUUGGUUCGUUUUGUAUUUUGAGUUUCAGGUACCCCAGGCUGUCCUCACACUGGCUAUGUGCCUGAGGCUGGCCUGGAACUCUUGAUCUUCCUACUUCAUCCUCCAGAGUCCUUCCUUACAGGCAUGUGUCACUGUACCCGGCUGUCAUAUGAUCUUGAGCAGGACUAAUGAACAGAAAAUCCUGUUGUGUGAAUAUUACUGGGGAGAGGGUAGUAGAGAUGGGUUGUGGAGUAGAACUUAGAACAGUGGUCAGUCAGAAGCCCAGAUAGCAGUAGAGAUGCAGAGUUGAAAAGACUUAAAUAAGGAUGAAAGUACAGGAAUGGAAAGAGGUGGACUUACAAGAUUCCAAGCUGUUUAUAGGAAUGAGGGAUUAGGUAGGAGGGACACGCCAGGGACCAAUCUAGCUGCUCCGUUUUAGGGUCCCUGAAGUUCCCUUAUCUUACAGGGCUUUUGUCCAGAAUACUUUUUCACUGCACAGAGACUCAUCUGGAAGAUUUUCAGAGUUUGAGAAUUAUCAUCAGACAUUUUACUUUGGCCCACCAGAUCUGUUAUAUCCCAAGAUCCCCACUUUUCCCCUACUGAGUCCAGUACUGGAAGUUCUUAACAUUCCUGCUGAAGUCAGUUUGCCAAAAGCAACAGGAUUCUCCAUUCAGGUCAGUAAACUCAGACCUGGAGAUGAGACAGGAGGGCGGUCUUCCGCUCAAGCCAGUCUGUUCUCAUUAAUUCCAAAUGCUCUGGCCAUUGGGUCACCCCAAAAUUUACAUGUAAAAAUCCUAUCUCCCUACUUGAAGAUAAUUUAGGAAGUAGGGCUUUAGGGGAGUCUUGAUGUUCCUUGAAGAUAUGAGGAUAAGACUUCAGGAAGAAGAUUAAUGCCUUUAUAAAAGGCACUUAAAAGGCUCAAGGGAACCCGUGUGCCCCUCUGUCCCACCAUGUGAGGGGACAGUAAGAAAGUGUCACCUGUGGAUUGGAAAGAAGCCUCACAAAACACCACAACUCCUGGUGCUUCCUAAAGGCCAGAAUUGCGCCCCUCGGUUUACCAUGGCCUCAGAAGCAGAGAGAACAUUCCAUCGAUUUGCUGUAUUCGGAGACUCAUCCAGCAGUGGCACAGAACUGAACAACAAGAACUUUUCCAAACUCUGUAAAGACUGUGACAUCAUGGAUGGCAAGACAGUGACCUCCACAGAUGUUGACAUUGUGUUCAGCAAAGUGAAGGCCAAGAACGCCAGAACCAUCACAUUUCUACAGUUCCAAGAAGCUGUGAAAGAACUUGGCCAAAAGCGGUUCAAGGGAAACAAUCCAGAUGAGGCUUUGGAGAACGUUUAUAAACUCAUGGAAGGCAAGGACCCAGCCACCCCUGGCGUUACUAAAGCAACAACAGUGGGUGGAGUCGACCGUCUGACGGAUACCAGCAAGUACACUGGCGCCCACAAGGAGCGCUUUGACAAGAGUGGCAAAGGCAAGGGCAUCAAAGGACGAGAAGAAACCACAGACAACUCAGGCUAUGUGAGCGGCUACAAGGGUGCUGGCACCUAUGAUAAGAAGAACAGCAAGUAGAGGGCCCCAUCUUGGCCUCUAGUCCCCUGAUCCUGUGCUUUUAAUAGCGGGGAGUCAGAAACAAUAAAUAUCCGUGUUGCAGCA